AAGCCGUUACAACGUUACAAGAUUCACUAUCUGUGAAGUGUGAGAAGUCGCCAAAUGAACGAGGCAGGGCGUAGGCAUUUAGCGAUGAAAUCAAAAACUUAAUCUACUAUUUCGUAUAAAACAUACUGUAAUGAUAUAUUAAUAAUUUUUGUUUGAGUUAGGUGAUUGUGACAUUAAAGUCAUAUUGUUCAAAGUUUGCAGCUCGACGCUAGAAACAAUGAAGAACAGGAGUUUGGCCGGCAAUUGUGGCAUUGGAGUGUUUGUCAUUGCCCUUGUGACGGUGGCAUUGGCAUUCGGCACGCCGAACUGGCUGGUCAGCGACUACAGGAUAAGGGGCUCCAGGCUGGACAAAUUAGGCUUAUGGAGUCAUUGCUUUAGGUCUCUCCCCGAUCCGUAUGACCAAUACCAAAGACGCUUCUUUGUGGGAUGCCGCUGGGUGUACGAUCCGUUUACUACGGGUUACGAUAGAAUACGAGGAUUUUUAUUACCGGGUUUCAUGAUCGCAACACAGUUUUUCUUCACACUAUGUCUCCUUGGUGUACUGAUAUCGACCAUCCUGGUGCUGAUAUUCUUCCUUUGUUGUGGACCCGAUCAAAACCGAUUUGUGACCUUAAUCAAGACUAUAGGAUACAUCAUGUUGGGCUCAGGUAUCUGCGGAGUUAUUGCAGUGAUUGUAUUUGCGUCUCUGGGCAAUGCGGAUGGGUGGAUGCCGAACCAUGAAAAUAACUAUUUAGGUUGGUCAUUCGGCUUGGGAGUGGUCGGCGCCGUCUGCUGUCUGAUCGCGGCAGCGCUCUUCUUGACGGAGGCCAACAUACAGCACAAAAAGCGGAACAAGCUCAAGGAAUCGCAAGCCCAGUUCGAAUUGGAACAGGAUUCUAAAGCAUAACAACAAAUUACUAUUAAGGUCAAGCAAGGUAAAUGCAACUAUGGGGUUAUUGCUACGUUUCAUUUCCAAGUAGAUCAGGCUUUUGCCACUAGAUGACGGGAGCUUUUGUAAUUCACGUCGUUAUAAAAAAUAAGUAAAAUAGACUCAACCCCAUAGUUGCAUUUAUCCCGGUCGACAGUACAUUAAAUCUCCGUCCUUUUAGUCGUUAUAAAUUUAAAUACGAAUCUCACACAUUUAUUUUGGCAUCUUAUAAGUCUAAAAACGGACUACAAUUCCACUAUAGCGCACAUCUACCAGUGCAAAUCUUUUAGGCUAUAAGUUUUAUUCACGACGUGUAAUCUUAGACUGAUUAUCAUUUCCAUGUUUUAAAAUUAUUACUAUUAUUAGUAAUUUAACUUUCACGUGUGCCUUUAAAUAUUUGUUAUAAUUGUAACUGUUCAUUUAGAAUAGGUUAAGGCGAUUGUAUAAUUUGUAUACCUGUCCAAUAUACCAACGCAUUUCUAUGUAAGUAUCCGUCCAUGGUAAUACGAGUAAAUGUUAUUAUAAGAGUAGAUAUAUGCAUCAACUUGCAGCUUUUAUAUCGUUGACAUCACAUAAGUCUUAACACGUAGAUAACAAUGAAAUGUGAAUAUGUUGAUUAAGUAACACAGUUUAUACAUAGAUCUUAUUUUUACAUUAUUCUCAUUAGAUUAAAGGUAAAGCCUUGUAGUAUACAUAAAGGGCAGCUUUAGCUGAACUCGAUACGAAGAUCGUCUAUCUGUGUUUCUAUCGCUCGAAAAUUGGAAGGGUUAAAGAGAUAGAGAUAGAGAAUCUUUAGCGCCUCAGGUUCUCUUGCUCUUGCCAACUUUAAUUCAAAUAUUUCGCUGAUUAGUGUCAGUUAGUGGCGUUAGGUUAGUGCUUUCAAGCAUUGUUUCCACAUUGACCCAGAGGCAUAGAAGGUAGGAUCGUAUAGAAGUGGUAUACGCGUGCCUCCGUGAGGGACAAAACAUACUCAAAUGCGACACUGUGAUUGGUCGAAUUUAUUUGUUGCCCACCAUUAUCCAUACUAAAAAAAUGGUGGGGAACAAAAAUAUGUGAGACUGUGAUAAGGACAAACAAUAAUAGCGCUUUCUCUGCUACUCCUACUGAAAGAUACGUAAGACUAUCCCGUUCUGUCAGUUAUCCCCACCACUCAUGCCCAAUCCAGUUUAAUACUAGACUCAUGCCCAGAGGUGAAAUCCUGAAGUAUGCCCCCAAGCUAAGAGUAUGGCUUUAAGUAAAAUCCACUGUGUAUUUAACGAUUAUAAUGAACCAAUAGCCCCCUCCACACUCGCCCGCGAUUCACGCGCAUAGUCUGGAGGGGGCUAAUGACGUGCCGUCC